GGGGUUAAGCGGAGGAGAUUUAAUUGGGCUGCACUGGGAGCCGGGAUCACAUGAUGAGUGGAUGACCCGAGUCUGCUGAUCACAUUGCUGGGGAUGGGGCAGAAGUUCUGUUUUCUUUUAUGACCUGAGAAGAUGGGGGGGAAAAUCUUUCCUUUCCUCCAGAAACUUUGUCUGUUCUCCCGAAAUUCUGCCGCCGAACCCGACGAGUCCAGAACAUUGCUACCCAAGAAUGCUGUUGGACAGCGGAAGUCAGAACAUGCCCAGGAUACCCGGCUUGGAUUCCAGUACUACACCAAUAACACCGGUGAUGAAGAAAAUGUGGCGACCUCUGACCCCGGUCCCCAAAAAGAACGAUUACUGCUGUUCACCUACCGCCCUGACCCUUUUGUCCCCUUCAUCAAAUACUUUAUGUUCUGCGUCAACUCCGCCAUCUUCACCCUGGGGUUGGCCAUCCUGAGUAUCGGCUUCUGGGGCCUCGCCGCCAAGCAGUCCUUGAUGGGCGAGCAGAUUGGAUACCUAGGCACCGACCCCAUGCUGGCGUUCGUGCUCGUGGGCCUAUUGACGUGCGCCUUAUCGUUUUCCGGGUGUGUUGGGUUUAUCAGGGAGAACACUUGUCUUCUCAGGACCUUCCUUGUUGGGAUAAUGGUUCUGAUCGUGUCGCAGUGCUUGGUGGCCAUCGUGGUCCUUUGUUUUCAGCAGAAGAUCCAAGAUUCCUUGAGGAGCACCAUGCUGGUCGCCAUGAGCAGAUACCAAGAGGAUUCCGACCUGAAGUUCAUACUGGACGAGGUCCAGCUGGGCAUGGAGUGCUGCGGAGUGCAGACCUACCAAGACUGGGACGUCAAUCUGUAUUUCAACUGCUCGUCUCCCGGGGUGAAUGCCUGCGGCGUUCCGUACUCCUGCUGCAUCGACCCGCUGCAGAACGGCACGGUACCCAAUUCUCAGUGCGGCUUCGGUGCCCUGGGGAUGGGAGAAAUCGCAGCCAGCGGCCUCGUCUAUCUGGGGGGCUGCAUUCCGCAGCUGGUGCUCUGGAUUCACGGCAGGAUCUGGGAUAUUGCGGCGGUUUACGUCUUGCUGACCGCCAUCGAACUCGUCUUCCUGGUCUUCGCCCAAAGAGUGAUGCGAGAGAUCGAGGUGAUCAAAUCUCUGUACUGAAAGUUUCCUCUUACCUUUUUCAUUAAACUACUACUGACAUAU